CCUCGCAUUAAACGAGUUCAAUCUUCGACAACUCUACAAUUUGCUCCUCCAGACUGGCUGUUAAACAUAUUUCAAAAUGGCUCAAGCACUUUUAUGGUACAUCCGAGUGAAACUCGUUCCGGGUAUAUUUGGAACCUUCUAAAUCAAAUGCUUUCAAGAGUUUAUUCCAUACCUUAUCUUGCACCAAAAUUAUUAUUCAUCACGUUAUGUGCAGGCAUGGGCUCUGUUUUGCCAUUUCUCCCAAUUUUUUAUAAUACAGCAUUAGUUUUAACUUCCACACAAAUUGGUAUUGUUUUUUCGAUUGCUCCUUUUAUUUCCGCCCUGAGUUGUCCUCUUUGGACAGGUUUGGCUGACAAGUUUCAAGCACAUCGAUCCAUCAUUUUUAUAAUUUAUAUUUCAGCGACUAUUAGUGUUAUUGGCCAAAUGAUCUUGCCAUUAAUAAUUGACGUUCACAAUUCAAGUAAUAAUGGUUUCAUUCUAAUAUGCGUAUUACUUGCUGCGUUGUGGUUUGCUUUCUUUGGCGUACCCGUUAAUGCAUUGGUUGAUAGUGGUGUACUAAAGAUACUUGGUGAUAAAAGGGAGCUUUAUG